AUGCAAGUGCUCUACACUCUGUGAGUGGUUGAUGAUAAAUGUACAUUUUACUUGAUGUCGGGUGUAUUUUUCCUAAACCACCUACUCAUGUCCUCUGGGUGUCUAGCUUUUCAAGUCAGAGAGCCUUAAUUUGGUGUUAUUCCACUAUGAUGCAUCAGUGUUUCCCCUAUAUGCAACUUUGGCCGCCACUGCAAAAAAAAAAGUUAAUUAAAUGACUAAAACCAGGAAUAUAGAAGCGAUAAUGGCGCAAUAUAUUUUUGAGAACUAAAAAUCGGCAAAAUAAAGACUAGACAGUCGGAGAAUGUAAAUUUAAAAAAAAUGUCAUGAUAUAUGGCCCCUUUUGAUUUUGUUUGUCAUUUAGAUAAAUUAGGAACAAUGCAUAAGCCAUGGCAAAAUGUGUAGAAUUGUAGAAAAUUUAGCUUUAAAACUGUAAAAUGUUAAUGUCAAAAUGUGUAGAAUUGCAGAAAAUUUGUUUUAGAACAGCUACAGUUUUUCUCUGUAGCCGAGAGGGCCGCUAAAAUGUGCCAUUUGUCAUGCCCGCUACACACUAACUUUGCCACCGCUGCUGGAAAAAAAUACUAGGGGAAACACUGCAUAGCAUAUUAAAAUCGAAAAACUAUUACUUUGAAACUUUUUGUAAGCCCAUGUCUAUUUUGAUGGAAAUGUCCUUAUCUGCUUUUCAGCCUAAAACACAGAUUUCUUGCGAAACAGGUCAGUUAUAUCUGUAAGUACCCAUUCCCUUACCAUAGUGUGGCUGUAUCUUGCACCGGAUGUACCGUUUAGUAGUAACUAGUUGUUGAAUCUGAAAUAAUCAAUUUUUUGUUUUUCUAAGAUUUGUACAUUUUUUGAGUAUUGCAGAGUUAUUCUAAAGUACUUGCUCAAGAUUUGUUACACCAUUUGGCUGCAUACAAAUGUAAUGAAUGUUGAAUGCUGUGGUGUGCCAUUGUUGCCUCUUUCUGUCUGAUGGUGAAGGGGGCAGUUCGGUGGAAACUGGACACAUUUUUUACCCCACUCAUUUGGUAAGUAGGAUUUCACAUCGGCUAUGAUGUACAGUGCCUUCAGAAAGUAUUCAUACCGCUUGACUUGUUCCACAUUUGGUUGUUACAGCCUGAAUUCAAAACGGAUUAAAUAGAUUCUCACCCAUCUACCCACAAUACCCCAUAAUGACAAAGUGAAAUCAUGUUUGAAAAUGAAAUACAUAUGUAUUCAACCCCUUGAGUCAGUCAAUACAUGUUAGAAUCACCUUCGGCAGCCAUUACAGCGUGAGCUUUCCACACCUGGAUUGUAUUAUAUUUACAUAUUCUUCAAACUCUGUCAAUUUGGUUGUUGAUCAUUGCUAGACAGCCAUAUUCAAGUCUUGUCAUAGAUUUAAAAACAGAUUUAAGUCAACUAUUAACUAGGCCAUUCAACAUUUAAGCAACCCCAGUGUAUAUUUGACCUGUGUUUUAGGUUAUUGUCCUGCUGAAAGGUACAUUUGUCUCCCAGUGUCUUUUGGAAAGCAGACUGAACCAGGUUUUCAUUUAGGUUUUUCAUGUGCUUAGCUCUAUUCUGUUUCUUAUCCUAAACUCCCUAGUCCUUGCUGACGACUAGCAUGAUGUAGCCACCACCACCAUGCUUGAAAAUAUGAAGAGGGGUAGUCAUUGACGUUGGAUUUGCCCAAAACAUAACACUUUGUAUUCAGGACAUAAAGUUAAUUAAUUUGCCGUGUGUUUUAUGCUGUACAGGCUUCCUUUUUCACUCUCAUUUAGGUUAGUAUUGUGGAGUAACUACAAUGUUGAUCAAUCAUCAGUUUUCGAUCAAAACCAUUAAACUCAAAUGUACUUUUUUAUUUUGCAUUUGCAGAGCCAUCUCAUCUUUGCAGAUAAAUAUUUUGUAGUCAUUUUGUAAUGGUGGAUGUGGCCUCGUGAAAUCCCUGAACGGUUUCCUCACCGUAGUGACUGGGUGUAUUGUGUGGUAGAAAUUCUAAUCAAUGAGGAGAGACGAGGUCAAUUACCAAUCAGGAUAUUACUUUAUUCAAAACAUAUUAAUAAGGAAAGCAUAGAGUCAUUGCUUCUAUAACGACAAGGCUGGUCGGCUCAACACUUCCAAGUGUUGUGGCGAGUAGCUCUGACACACAUGAAGAAUACAUAUCUUUUAUAGAAAAGAUACGCCCUUUUAGUCUUCCUGACAAACAACAGAUGCAUGGAAUGGGUCACAGGGUGGAACUUGAUAUAUGAGAAAGGAGUAUCGCGCCAGAUAGCAUUUGCUUUGAAGACUGUUCUUAUUUAGUCUGUCCCUUAAGACGAGGCUCCGAUCUCGUUCCUGGUACUUCAAAGCACAGAAACACCAAUUAAUUCUAUGGCAUAACUCAAUUGUCAACUCCAGAUACUUCCAUCUGAAGUAAAACCCCUUCUUGACCACACGCCUGGACACUGAGGGGAGUAAGCCUCUAGGUCAUUCACUCCCCCAGGACAGGUGCAACAUCAGAGAUGACAUACAAUGGUUCCAGACACUAUCCCACAUCUUUUCUCAGACCUCAUCUCCCCCAAGGAGGGAGUGACUGGCUCACAGAAAUUGUGGAGACAAGUGGUUCUCCAUCAAUCACGCCAUCCUUUCACAUGGUUUAGAAUAGGUAAAGACACAUUCACAUAUGAAGACAAUGUUCCCUCCUGUCCUCUUCUCUUUCUGAUAUUCUGCAUAGCACUAGCGGCAUGUGAAAGACAAGCCUGACUUCUCCCCUCUCUGGGCCCCAGCUGAGGGAGGAAUUGCAACUACCAACACCAGAGUCCAAAGGGAUACAUUCAAAUAACAAGCAUAUCAUACAAGCAUAUUAUGCAGAUAAGACAUUUUAAUGAUCUAAUAUACCUAACUAAUUCUGAUUCUUCCUCUACAAUUGAUAUACUAUCCAAAGUGUUAUAAUUUCACCAUGCUCAAAGGGAUAUUCAAUGUCUGCUUUUUAUUUGAAUUGUACCCACCUACCAUUAGAUACCCUUUGCGAGGCAUUUGAAAACCUCCCUGGUCUUUGUGGCGAAUCUGUUUUGAAAUUCACUGCUCGGCUCGGGGACCUUUUUAUCUGUAUGUGUGGGGUACAGGAAUGAGGUAGUUAUUCAAAUCAUGUUAAGCACUAUUAUUGCACACAGUGAGUCCAUACAAUUUAUAUUGUGACUUAAGCUAAUUUUUAUUCCUGAAUUUAUUUAGGCUUGCCAUAAAAGGGGUUGAAUACUUUUUGAUUCAAGACGUUUCAGCUUUACAUUGAAUUAAUUUGUAAAACGUUCAAAAAAACUAUUCCACUUAGACAUUGUGCGUUAUUGUGUAAGCCAGUGACACAAUCUCGAUUUAAUACAUUUUUUAAAAUUCUGUCUAACACAAAGUAGAGAAAGUCAAGGGGUGUGAAUACGUUUGGAAGGCACUGUACAUGGCUGAUGUAAAAUGAUUGACACUCCCAGACAAUAUUACAGUAAUGUUGUUUUUUUUGAAGUUAUAAUCAUUGUUUACAGAUUAAUUGAUUAAUAAUACUUAUGGAUUAUAGUAUUUGGCCUGUUGGAUGUCGUCGUCAACACUCGUCCAAACUCCUCUUCCAACUUUUGGAACAAUGCUCAAAACUGUCUUGGAUAUGCUGCUGUUAUUAAUACUUAACUAUAACUCGGAUUAGCUUCACCAUUUUAAUUGAAUUCUCCACAGUUAGAAUUGUCAACAUGCAUCCUAUAACGUCCUUUUAAAGGGAACAUUGGCCUGUUUGUUCAUUAACUACACAUUUCACAUAAAACAAAUAGACAUGUUAUUUCAUAAGACAAUGUAGGCGGUAUCACAGUUGCUCUCCACUUGCUGAUGUGCAUACAUUUAUCCUAAUGUAAAAAUCCAAAUGCUUUGUAUCAAAACACACUAUUGUAAGAAUAAAUCCUGUGGGUAGUGUACAAUUUUGAGUGUGUUUUUUCAAGCCUGUCUUAUUUUAUAGCAGGAACAGGACAGAUCUGAACCAUCUUUGUAAGAGGACUACUUGAUGGUCUUGGGUCGUGAACUUGACUUUCUCAAGUAACUGUUUGCAAUAUCUCCCACGACGUUACAGUGAAUAGUUGGUCAUUUGUGCGUUAAGGUUUGAGGUGGAGAAGUUCCUGUAACUAGUCACCAAUCAAGUGAGUGCCACUCAACAAUUCUAGUCUAAUACUCCACUUGUGUCUGAGGCUCACUGCAUGCUGCUCAGUGUGUGAUAGCAUCAUAUAAGAACAAGCGAAGUCAUUAUGACUCUUCAUCUGACAGGUGUUCGGCUGCUGCUCAUCACACAUACAGUGUUGGUGUUCUGUGAUAUUGAAUUCCUGGAGAGACCGCAGGGUGACUCUGUAGAGUUCUACUGUAUCUCUGAGUUCAAUGCCUCCAAGCCCAUUGGGCUCUACCUGAAACGCAAGUGGCUGCAGCCCAACAGAGAGGUCCUGUUCAUGUUUACUGAACAAAAGCCUGUGUUUAACCUUGACGUCAAAGAGCGCAUCCAUGUCACCGGAGACCCGAGUACUCACCGGGUCAACGUGACCCUCAGCCAGCUGAACGGAAAAGACACAGACGUCUACUACUGUGAGUUUGUCUUCCUCGAUGCCUCCAGCGUGGAUGAGAAGAUUCCAAGCAAUAUGGAGUUCUUUCUGUACGUCGACAAUGUUGAAGAUGUCCCAGACAACAAGAUGGAUGUAGGCCUGAUAGAGACGUGCGCCGGGGGGUCAGCUGUCCUCCCCUGCCUCGCCCCCUACGGUUCCCCCUCGGCCAUGGAAGGGGUAUGCCUGAAGAGGCGAUGGGGCCGGGCUCCAGUGGAGGUGCUGUUCCACUCAAAGCGCACCUCUUCCUCUGCCGCAUUCCCCCCAGAAGAGAGGCUUCACCUGGCCACAGGGCUGGGCGGCCUGGCCUACAACCUCACCCUGCUAAAGAUGCAGCCGGAAGAGAGCGCCUUUUACAGCUGUGAGCUGCUGCUCCCCGGCAGGCCCGACAACAGUGCCAGGCUAGGGAGACACGUGUACUUUGUGUCUGUGCAAGGUGUUAGGUGUAGCUGUACUGGUUACCCUCCACUGCUCUAUGUCCUUUCUGCUGCUGUGGGGCUGCUACUCAUCUUCCUUUUGGCCCUGGGAGUGGCUCAUUAUGGUAAGACCCGAGGAGACCGUGUCAAACCGCAGCCCCACCAGGCUUCCAUCUACGAGGAGAUGGUUGGGGUGCGGUCCCCCAACCGGAAUGGAAAAGUGGCUCCCUCUUACCACCCGAGGCCCCCCCUACAUCUGGAGGAAAUGGAUGCUUCUGCCCCCCCCCCUCUGAGUUCUCAACAGGAAAACCACUGAGGCUGAAGAGUAACCGCUAGUAUCUGAAAAUGGGAGGAACAAGGUCAGCCCAAUACGGUGUUUGACUAUUCAUUUAUAAACUGGAGUCUGGACUAUAACUACAACUUACAUAACCUUAAAUUUGGACAAACAAACAUCCACCUAACUUAGUUUGUUGUACUGUAAAUGCUGUUGUGGCGUUUUAAACAAUGUUUUGUAUUUGAUGUAAAUGCUGGCAGCUAAAUGUUGUAGCCUUGCUUUACUUUUUUAAAGGUGUUGUAUUUUGACAUGGUACGUUUGUUACCAUGCUACAUAUCAAAUGAUCUGCAUUGACAACGACUCAGUGGGAUGGUCCACCGGAUGUAUUUGCAUGGUGUGCUGAACCACAGCAUGGCUUCAAAAUCUAAUUGUAUUUAUCACAUGCGCCGAGUACAACAUGUGUAGUCCUGACAAUGAAAUGCUUACUUACAAGCCCUUAAUAAGUAUAUAGAAAAAUAAAGAGCAACAAAAUAACAGUGAGGCUAAGUGUGGGGGUACAGGUUAGUCCAGGUAAUAUGUAAGCAGAGGUAAAGUGACUAUGCAGUUCAGUUGGAUGUAAAUAAAAGCUGUUAAGGUC